AUGGCAUUCACCAGCAGGAGCCUCAUCGCCGUCCUGGCAGCCGCGACCACAUGGUCCCUACCAGCCGCCGCUCGUCCCAACCCAACCCCCUGCCCAGGCGCAGGCGCGAGCACACGGGCAGAACCAUUAGACAUCCGCGACACCACCGACAUCGCCGUCAAUAUCCCCUCCGUCCUGACGGAAAGCACACUCUACGGCGCGCCGCCCAACGACUUCACCUGCAAAUCCGCGCGGAACCCCGUGGUCCUCCUGCACGGCCUCUCCGCCGACCGCGAGGUCGACCUCAACUUGCUGCAGCGCGAGCUCAGCACGCCCGAGCGGGGCUACUGCACCUUCUCCGCGACGUACGGCGCAUGGCCGCUGACGCCGUGGAUCGGCGGGCUGACGGACAUGACCGAGUCCGCGAGGGACAUCGCCGCCUUCAUCCGCGAGGUAAAGGAAAAGACGGGCGCGGACAAGGUCGACGUGGUGGGCCACUCCGAGGGCGGCGUGCAGGCGCUCUACGUGCCCCUGUCGCAGCCGGGCAUCGCCGCCCUCGUCGACCACGUCGUCGCGCUCGGCCCGGCCGUCCACGGCGCCGACUACUUCGGGUUCACGGACCUGUGGUACGUCGGCGGCGACGCGACGCGCGCGCUGGCGAAGCCGUUCUCGGAGCUGAUAUUCUGUCCGGCUUGCGAGCAGAUGAUGCCCGACGGGGCGAUCACAGACGCGUUUGACGCCGCGACGGCGGCGGGGGGGAUUAAGCAGGAGGGGAAUAAUGUUACGGUCAUUAUGUCAAGGUCGGAUAAGCUGGUCACGCCGGAUGUGAGCGAGAUUGACGAGGCGGGGGUAAGGAAUGUGUUUGUGCAGGAUACGUGCCCGGAUGAUAGGGUUGGACAUGCGGGCCUUGCGUGGGAUAAGAGUGUUUGGCGGUUGGUUAUUAAUGCGCUGGAGAAGAAUGAUGAUGUGGUGUUUGAGUGUGAGGAGGGGUUGGAGAUAUAA